AUGAUAAAAAGAACGUCCCAUAAAACUUCAAGUGACACUGAUGAGGGGAGAACUAUAUUCCUAAGGAAUGUUCCAUUUGAAAUGUCUGAGCUUUCUCUUAAAGAAUUGAUUGAAAGAAAAUUUGGAGAAACACUUUAUGUUAAAAUGGUUUUUUCGAAGCUGACUCAAUUACCAAAAGGAGUCGCUUUUAUUAAAUUCAAGGAUACUGAAUCAGUUGAAAAAGUUCUCGAAGGAGAGAAAACGGCAGACAAAUAUUACAAUAGCCAUGUUUUUAGGCAUAAAGGAAAUACUAUUAAAGACUCAAAAAACUUUAGUACAUUGAUUUUACCUCCAGAAAUUGGAAUUCAAUUUAAUGGAAGAAGAAUUUUUGCCCACUUGGCUUUGAAUAGGUCAGAAAUUGCGAUUAUAGAGAACAAAAAAGUAUCUAAAAACAUUUCAGAUAAAUUUUGCCAAAGUUUAGAUCUAUUUAAAAAGGGAUUACUUCUCCCUGGUAUGAAAGAAGCUGAAGGUAUCAGCAACCAUGAUUUGAGAUUACGUGAAAAUUCGUGGAAAGAGAUAAAAAUUAAAAUGAAGAACCCCAAUUAUGAAAUUAAUAGAUUUAGGCUUUGUAUUCGUAAUAUACCAACAAAAAUUAAUUCAAGUGAAUUAAAAGAAAUCAUUAUUCAAGAAAUUUCAAAAAUGUGCGGUCCAGCAGUUAUUAAUUUGGCAAAUGAAAUUGUUUCCGAGUUCGAGAAAUCUGAAUAUUCUAGUUUUUCUAAUAAGUUUAAUUCCAGGAAAAUUUUAAUAGAUUUAAAACAGAAUAUUAACUCUCCUAAAAAGUGCAUGCUUAUAUUUAAAAGGUUAAUAAAUAAAGUAAAUAUAAUCAGAGAAAAUUCGUUGAAAUCAAGCAAGUCCAGAGGAUUCGCAUUCGUAAAUACUAAUUCAUUUUCUCUAUCAAAUGCAAUUUUGGGAAUUUUGAACAACAAUCCAAAAAUAUUUACUUCUGAAAAGAGACCAAUAGUAGAAUUUGCAAUCGAGGAUAAGAGAGCAUUAUUUAUUCAAAAGAGAAGAACUAAGAAUAACUUCAAAAGGCACGAAAGAAAAACAGAUGAUAAACGAAUCACCCAAAUUUCAUAA